AUGAAUAUCUUAAAUCUUCUCCUUUUUGUAUAUAAAGCCAUUUCAUAUGUCCUUAAAUACUUGCUAUGGUCUGCUUAUUCAAAACCACGAUUAUUUCUUAGUGCUUUAGGAUUAACUGGUUUAUGGAUCGCACUUAUUAAACAACAGUUAAUGAAAUCACCAUUAGAUCCAUUGGUUCAUAUAACUCCAAAUGUAUUAGAUGAAGUGAAAGAACUAUACGUUCCAGAAAUGCCUAUUAUGGUCGAAAAUGGUUUGGCAUGUCGAUAUCUUGCUAUAACAAUUAGAAAUAUGGAUCAAAUUGAUCAAAAUCUUCGAAAUAAAAUUUCGGAAUCAUUAAAUUCAUUGGAUAUUCGUGUAAAUGAAGCUACUAAAAUAUAUGCAGAUUUUAGACAUGAAGCUAUAAUUUUUUCACGAACAGUUUUUGAUAGAAUGAAUGCAAUAGAUGAACAAUUGGCAAAGAAUGAGAAAAGUGAAAAAGCUACUGAAAUUAUACAAAAACAUCUCGAUGUAAUUAAAAAACGAAUUCCUACUUUUAAAGCAGCGUUAACUAAAGCAAUUAAAAAAACGUAUGAAAUUACAACUACAGCAAAGGAUGCUCAUUUGGUUUUAGAUGAUGGAAAAACAAGUGCGAUACGACAUGAUAAUUCAUUAUAUCAACGACUUUUACGUUUUAUUAAUAGUGAAGAAGAGAUAACUCGUAUAAAAGAUCAAUUAGAAGAAAUUGAUGAAGUUAUCACAUAUAUUAAAGAUUUACAAAAUGAUUUGGAAUUUUUUGAUAAAAUUAUUGAUGACUACCGUAUAAAAAGUCAAGAAGUUGAGGUACAACUUGAAGAGAAUAUAAAUCAUGCAGAAAUAGAUAAAAUUUCUUUAAGAGAUCUUAAAUAUAGUGUUGAUGAUUUGAAUAUGCCACAUUCAAAACUUCCUAAUAGAAAUAAUAAAGAUUGUAUUAGUUUUAAUAUAAAGUUUUCUACUGUUACAAAAAAGUUGAUAAUGAUUCGAAUUUGGUCAUCGAAACGGACAGUUCAUUCUUUAGUAUUUGUUUUCUCAGAUGAGACAAGCCAAGUUGUAGGUACUCCAAAUAAAGGCCAUCUUACAGAUUUUCUAUGGGUUGAUGGUGAAUAUAUUACGGAGCUAUCAUAUAUAAAGGGAAAGUACAUUAAUGGUAUCGAAAUUAAAACUAAUGGUGGUCGUAGCACAGGAUGGCAAGGCUCUCGUAGUGGUCGAAAGGAACGAAUUGUUCCAGGAUUUUUUAGUAAUUGGUUUUCAAGUUGGCAGGGAUUAUAUGGAACUUUUUCAGAAGGAAUAUGUAGUGUUAUGCCACUUUCAGUAAACAUAUUUUCCUUUUUUUGA